AAAAAUAAAAGCAAACAAACCAAAACCUCAACGCAGGCACACAAUAACAGAGCAGGUGGUGGUCGAGUUUGCUAAAAUUUCCUGUCAAGAUCAAUUUUUGUUGUUGAUUUGACUAUUAAACUUCAACUAUAGCAGAUUCAAAAGUCGAAUUCCCAGUAAAAGGAGAUCCCAUUUAUUGAAUACGAGUUUCCAAACAAAAAUUUCACUCCCCCAUCGGAAGUGCACGUCUGCUGAUUGUGAGAUCUUCGUUAGCGGUCUUUUGAUGGUUCUACUUGAAAAACCAGAGCAACCUUUUUGCGUUCAGGCCUGGGAAAUAUGACAGUGCUACCUGGAGACUCUUCUGGGGAUGCAACUCCCGUGCCAUUCAAGCGCAAACGUCUCUGCUUGAGCCUGAACAGUGAACGUAUAAGAGUCCACGAAGAAUUGAAGGCUCGAGUGAAAACAGAACCAAUUUCUCCACCCCACAGCCCAACCAUGGACUCUAUGUCCAAUUUCACCGCCUUCACGCCAGGCUCCAAGCUGAGCAUCUUCAGCAGCAGGGCGGAAGGUACUGAACAAAAGUUCUCAAACAGCGACUUCAGCUCGUCUAGUUCGAGCAGCGUUUUGAGCCCAAGUCGCAAGACAGUGAAGGCUUUGUCUCCGAUCGCCACACUGAGCAACAUGGGCAACACGUGCUACCUGAACAGCGUGCUCUACACGCUCAGGUUCACGCCCAACUUCAUGCACAAUAUGCACCAUGUGAUGAAGGAGCUCGGCCAGCAGACCGCCUCCGACCUGGACCUGGCCAGCAGACCUGAGAAGGUGCAUGCCGCCUACGCCAGACUGCACGACUUGUUCACCACGCUCAAGAUCAAUGAGGACGUCAAGAGCAAAACGCAGCAGCCGUUUGCGCCCAGUUUGUUCCUCUCGUCCUUCAGAGACCUUUAUCCUACUUUUGAGAGCCAUCAACAGCACGACGCUCACGAGCUGUUUGUCUGCCUAUUCGACAUCAUUCGAGACGCUUCGGCAAAACUUAACGCAAAGCCUGUCGAGGAGAAGAAAACGCCGGCUACCCCAAGUCCUAAGCCUCAGCUUAAACUGUCUAUUACUAGGAAACAAAAGAAGAAGGAUAAAUCAAAACAGGAGGCGAAAGAAGAAUUAAUAAAAACACCUGAAGCGGCAAAAUUGAAACUCGACCUAGACUUUGUCAAACAGCUCGAAGGUACAACACUAUUGAGAACGAUUUGUUUGGAGUGCGAAAGUUUCACCGAAAGAAAAGAGAAGUUCCUCGACAUCUGUGUCCCGAUAGUCGGAUAUGAAGGUGGAGAGGCUAAGGACGACGCAGAAACCAAGGAAAACCCAAGUCAACUGUAUCGUUCCUUGCUGCUCAGCAGCGAAAACAUAAAUGGCCAAAACAAGUACUGGUGUGAAGUGUGCAAACAUCACAACGAAGUCCGCCGAUGCACCAGCUAUGAAACUCUUCCCAACUUGCUUGCACUCCAGCUCAAGAGAUUUAGCACAAAUUCCAGCUCGAUUUUUUCCAUGAGCAAAAUCCACGACUACAUGCCGACCCCAAUGUUGCUGGAGUGCUUCUGCGAUGCAUGCCCAAAGGAGCAGCCAAACCCAGAGCACACGUACCAGCUGUACGCAGUAAUCAUGCACCUGGGCAGCACCAUGGCCUCUGGACAUUACGUCGCUUACGUGCGGGCCGAAAUCAAGCAGAAUUACUCAGAGUGCCAACCGCCAGUGAUCCCGACGGCACCGGCUUCUGCGUCCAGUGGAGGGGGUGGUGGCAUUCGCAAAUUCCUGAGAAAGCCGGAAAAGGUAGCGUCGGCGGCCGCGAACGGCUCGUGUCCUGCGGCCGACUGUUGCGGCAUCAAAAUUAAUUUGCCCGAGGAAAUUACACCGCAAGCUCAGUGGCUCGAGUGCGACGACGACCACGUUCGAGCGCUCAGUGAAAUCGAGUUUUGCGAGAUGCUGCAACCUGCUAAGUCGGCAACGUUUUCUCCUUACAUUUUAUUCUACACCAGGAAGAACCCAAGUAACUAAUUUUAUGUCGUUUAUAAGAGGAGGUGGUUCCAAUAAUUACGGUUCACUUUUAGACCCCAUGUUUGUUUAUAUGAGCUUUUAAAUUUUAUUUUUUACUCAGAAUAAUAAAUAUUGGUUGUCAUAAUA